AACACAGCACACUCUCCCGCAACUCAGGGCCUUUGUACUUGCUGUUCUCUCUGUGGAGAACACUCUUCCCCCAUCUCCACCAGCGCCUCCCUCACAUCCUUCCACUCUUUGCUCAAAUGUCACUUUCUCAGUGAAGUUCUUCCUCACUACUCUAUGCAACCCCUCCCCUCCAACAUUCCCCAUCUCUGUUUCCUAUUUCAUGUUUCUCUAUAGCACUUAGGGCUCAUCUAACAUACUAAUCUGUUUAUUUUUUGUUGUCUUUGUUAAAAUCUAAGGUCGAGAAGGCAGGAGUGUUCUCUGGUUUGUUCAGGCUCUAUCCCGGUGCGCGGGGCACAUGGGAGGUGCUGCAUGAACGUGUUCCGGGAUCUGCACAGGACCUGCCCGAGGACUGCAGCAUGGGGGCUACAAAGCGGUCAGGACGUCAGGACGUGGGCUAGGAGACUUCCAGCCUCAGCGAGGUACCCAAGAGACACUUCCCCGUGUCUGCGACUGUUUCCUCGGCACAAUGCAGGUAUCGGAAACUAAGGUCCCCAGUAGCUCUCGAAUUAUAAGAAUCUUGACAGGAAGAGGCCUGGAUUAAGGAUCCAGACAUGGGCCAUCAGACAGGUGAGGGACAGGGGAAUCCGCGUCUCCUGAGGUUGGUCAGAAGAGCCAGUGACAGGCCAAGCGGGGGUGGACAGAGGCCAGGGAGCGGGCAGGUGGCGCCCCCGGGGGCCGGGACGCCAGCGGUUAGGCCCGGGUGUGGAGACCAGGCCGCGCUGGGCUGGGGCGCCCGCGUCCUCGCUGACCGGCUGCGCCACAUCUAGCGCGUCUCUUAACCUUCCGACCUGCCGUUCACGUCUUGGGGGAAAUCCUGACUGCGCCUCCGCGCAGGGUGGCGUGGAGACUGCAGGAGAUAACGCAGGUGGCCCAGAGCGACGCUCCACGGCGCCGGCGGCCGUCCUCAGCGGCGCGGGGCGCGGGCCACCGCGGAGGAAGCGGAGGGGGCGGCGGCCCUGGUCCCCGACGUCACCGGGGAUCGGAGGGGCGGGGCGGCCGCAGAGGGGGCGGGGGCCGGGGCGGAGGUGUUCCCGGGGGCGAGGGGCGGUGACCCGGUGCCUAUAGGCUCCCCAGGGACACAGCGGCGGGGAUCUGGCCUGGGCCACGUAGGCUCCAGCGGCGCGGACAGUCGGCCGUCGCUCCGUCCUCCCGCCGCGUCCCGCCGCGUCCCGCCGCUUGCACCUGCCGCCCCGCGCAGCAGCCCGGCCCCAGCAUGACGGACCAGGCGGCCUUCGACACGAAUAUCGUCACCCUGACCCGUUUCGUCAUGGAGGAGGGCAGGAAGGCCCGCGGCACGGGCGAGAUGACCCAGCUGCUCAACUCGCUCUGCACCGCGGUCAAAGCCAUCUCCACGGCCGUGCGCAAGGCGGGCAUCGCGCACCUCUAUGGAAUUGCUGGCUCUACCAAUGUGACGGGUGAUCAGGUGAAGAAGCUGGAUGUCCUCUCCAAUGACCUGGUUGUUAAUGUGUUAAAGUCCUCCUUUGCCACCUGUGUUCUUGUGUCGGAAGAAGACAAACAUGCCAUAAUAGUGGAACCUGAGAAAAGGGGUAAAUAUGUGGUCUGUUUUGAUCCCCUUGAUGGAUCGUCCAAUAUCGACUGCCUUGCAUCCAUUGGAACCAUUUUUGGCAUCUACAGAAAGAAUUCGACUGAUGAGCCAUCUGAGAAGGAUGCUCUGCAGCCAGGCCGGAACCUGGUGGCUGCCGGCUAUGCUCUCUAUGGCAGUGCCACCAUGUUGGUCCUGGCCAUGGUAAAUGGUGUCAACUGCUUCAUGCUGGACCCGGCCAUCGGAGAGUUCAUUUUGGUGGACAGGGAUGUGAAGAUCAAAAAGAAAGGCAGCAUCUACAGCCUCAAUGAGGGCUAUGCCAAGGACUUCGACCCUGCCGUCACUGAGUACGUCCAGAGGAAGAAGUUCCCCCCAGAUAACUCGGCCCCCUAUGGUGCGAGGUACGUGGGCUCCAUGGUGGCUGAUGUCCACCGCACCCUGGUCUAUGGAGGGAUCUUUAUGUACCCAGCAAACAAGAAGAGCCCCAACGGAAAGUUGAGACUACUAUAUGAAUGUAACCCAAUGGCCUAUGUCAUGGAGAGGGCCGGAGGAUUGGCUACCACAGGGAAGGAAGCUGUACUGGACAUUGUUCCCACUGACAUCCACCAGAGGGCGCCGAUCAUCUUGGGGUCCCCUGAAGAUGUGACCGAGUUCCUGGAGCUAUAUAAGAAGCAUGCUGCCAAGUGAAGAGCUGGCCUUCCCCACACCAAAAAGAAUUGCCUUUUGUUUGGACCUUUUGUCUCACAUGAUGCUACCCAUUCUGAUUAUGCAUCAUACAUUCCUAGACAGCAGAAAUAAAAAGCAUGGAUAUUUUCACCAUCAAAUGCUGUGUGAUGCCUGGCGCUGCUACCCAGAUGCUGUCUUGACGAUGCCACUGACGGUCAAGAUAUAUUUUGAGUGAAUAGAGGAGAAAUAAACAUAUUCUUCCUUUUUCUAAAAAAAAA